AUGGCAAAGUUGUCUAGGUCAAAUGGGAACAAAAAGAAUGGCUUGAAAUUGAAGAUAGUAGUAGAAAAGCUUCAAAAGAGUUUUCUACUGGGCAAGAGGAGGUCACCCGCGAAUCAUUUUGACGAGUUUGAGAACUCCGAGGAUGUUCCCAACGACGUUAAAGAAGGGCAUUUUGCAGUGAUGGCAGUGGAGGACGAAGACAACCUCAAAAGAUUCAUCGUUCCCCUGAGUUGUUUGAGGAAUCCUUGUUUUUUAAGGCUAUUGGAAAGAGCUGCAGAGGAGUAUGGGUUUGAACAUGAAGGUGCACUCAUGCUUCCUUGCAAGUCAAGUGAGUUGGAGAAGGUUCUUGGCAAGCAAUAUAAUGGAAGAUCAGCAGAUUAUUGGAGUUCUCGUACAAGUCAAAAGCUUUAUGUUUAA